AUGUUACCAUUUGCUUGGCCUUAUCCACCAGAACAAAAGAAUGGAUACUGGGGAAUCCCCACUUCAACCAUUGAUUGGUGUGAAGAAAAUUACGUUGUAUCCACUUAUAUUGCCGAAGCGAUAAACACCACCACCAAUGCAUUUUUCAUGUGUUUGGCCCUAUUUGCCAUCUAUCAAGCAUUUCAUAACCAUCUUGAAAAGAGGUUUAUGUGGACAAGUGCCGGAUUUUUUCUUGUUGGAUUAGGAUCUUGGUUAUUUCACAUGACAUUGAAGUAUCAUUUCCAAUUGUUGGAUGAAUUGCCCAUGAUUUAUACCACCUGUAUUCCACUUUGGUCAGUCUUCAGUGAAUUUAAAACCAAGAGGCAAUCAUUUUUUGUUGGAUUAGGGAUUUUCUUUUCUGCUGCUACUUUAACCAUUAUUUAUUUGCAAAUUCGCAACCCUACUAUACAUCAAACUGCCUAUGGUGCUAUGAAUAUCCUUGGAAUUAUCAAGUCAACUAGUUUAUGUUCGAAAUAUGUUCAUGAUGCAAAAGUUAAACGACAAAUGAAUACAAUGGCAGUUUUGGGAAUUGGGUUAUUCUUUUUCGGUUAUAUUUUGUGGAAUAUGGAUAUCCAUUUAUGUGAUCAAGUGAGAUCGACUAGAAGAGACUGGGGAAUGCCUUAUGGAUUCGUAUUGGAAGGUCAUGGAUGGUGGCACAUUUUCACUGGAAGCGGUGUUUACUAUUGCUUAAUUUAUGAAGAAUACUUGAGGUGCUUUUUGACAGGCACUGAAGAUUAUUAUACCCUUAGUUGGGUCUUGGGUUGGCCAGUGGUUAAAUGUAUUGACCCAAUAGGGUUACAAAAGUACAAUUCGAUAAAAACAUUGGCUGAACAUGAUGAAAGGGUGAAGCAACAGGAGUUGAAAGGUAAAGUAAAGCAACUUUAG